UUGUUUAUACUUAUAACAAAGUGGAAAUAUGAUCUUUGCAGUGAUGAAGAUUGGAAUGAAUUCAACGACAUCAACAAAGUGAUAAUUCGGGCUCCAAUUCGUACCGAGUAUCGAAUUGCGUUCCCAUUCAUGUACAACAAUCUUGUUAACGCAUUACCAGUACAAGUCUCGUGGUACCACACACCAUCAGUUGUGUUCAUAAAAACCGAAGAUCCCGAUUUGCCGGCGUUCUAUUUCGAUCCACUUAUCAACCCUAUUGCACAGAGAUCAUCUGAUAAGAGUUAUGAACCCGUACCAGAUGAAUUAGAUGAAGAGUUCAUAUUACCGGAUGAAGUAGAGCCGAUCUUCUCGGAGGUAUCGUUGUAUACCGAGAAUACGGGCAAUGGUAUAGCACUGAUGUGGGCACCGCGACCAUUCAAUAUGCGUUCAGGUCGAACGAGACGUGCGGUUGAUGUGCCGUUAGUGAAGACGUGGUAUCGAGAGCAUUGUCCGUCUGGUAUGCCAGUAAAGGUUCGCGUAUCGUAUCAAAAACUUUUGAAAGUAUUCGUGCUGAAUGCAUUGCGUCAUCGUCCACCGAAGCCGCAGAAGCGAAGAUAUCUAUUCCGUUCAUUCAAAUCAACGAAAUUCUUCCAAUCCACAACACUUGAUUGGGUUGAAGUCGGACUUCAAGUGUUGCGUCAGGGUUACAAUAUGUUGAACUUGUUGAUUCAUCGAAAGAAUUUGAACUAUCUCCAUCUCGAUUACAAUUUCAACUUGAAGGUUCGUCUAUUUGGAAAUCACUUUUUCGUACACUUGUUCAUGUCAUAUUUAGAUACCUUCAUCACGUUUUGA